AUGAAGUUGGGGAGGUUAUUGUUCGAGUUGUUGUCGGAGGCUCUUGGCCUUAAGCCAAGUAACAUGAAUGACAUAGAUUGCAGUGAGGGGCUUGUGAUUCGAGGCCAUUACUAUCCUCCUUGUCCACAGCCAGAGUUGACUAUGGGCACAAGCAAUCAUGCUGACAAUGACUUCCUCACAAUCCUUCUGCAAGAUCAUAUUGGAGGUCUUCAAGUUCUUCAUCAGAGCAAGUGGGUUGAUGUUCCCGUUGUGCCUGGUGCACUUGUGGUUGCAUUGGAGAUCUUCUACAGGCAACUCAUAUCAAACGAUAGAUUCAAGAGCAUACAACACAGGGUACUGGCAAACUGUGUAGGACCAAGGAUAUUUGUUGCGAGCUUCUUCUGCACAGGGAUGUUACCGUUGACAAAACUCUAUGGACCAAUCAAGGAGUUAUUAUCGGAAGACAAUCCUCCAAAAUACAGGGAGACAACUGUGACGGACUAUGUUGCUUACUUCAACAACAAAGGCCUUAGUGGCACCUCUGCCUUGUCUAAUUUCAAGCUCUGA